AUGGCCGCCCUCGCUGCCAGUGGAACCGCCUUCGUCAUCGAUACCUUCGGUGACCGUAACUGCGGCGGCAAUGUCCAGCAAACUGUCAACAUCUGGGACGACACCUGUGCAGCCUGGCCACAAGGCUUUGGAUCCUUCAGGAUCACGACCUGGGGAGGAAACCACCAAUUCGCAUACUUCUUCGCACCCGACAGCUGCGGCAACCCUUCCGGAGCCAUCGGAUCGGGCUACGUAGACUCUACGACGUUCGAUUACGCCCAGGGAAGUGCCAAUGCGAUUGCUUCGUACUACAAGGUCUAG